AUGUCAAGCAAGGAUCGUCCAGCAGGGGUUUUGCCUGUCAACGCUGCAGCAAGGAAGACUGCAGCUUCAAAUUCCUCACAAAAAUUAUCCCAAAGAAGUCCAGCAACGAGGCUCAGACUGAUCAUACGUCGUCUGCCACCUGGGCUCACAGAGAUGGAAUUCUGGGCAGCGCUUGGUGAUGAAUGGCGUGUAGGCAGUGGCAAGGUGGAAUGGGCAGCCUAUCAUGAUGGCAAGGUUUCCAGAGAUCCUGCAAAGCCGUCACGACCAGCUAGAGCGUAUCUCAAAGUCAAGGAACAGGCGCUCUUGGACACGCUCUCUGUCGUACUUAAAGAGACAACGUUCCAGGACGCCAGGAAUACGACCAAAGAUCCAUGCCUCCUGGGGCCUCCGUCGCUGGAGUUCGCGCCGUACAACAAGACGCCAAGUGGUCGAAUUCGGCAUGACGGAAGGCAGGGUACCAUCGAUCAAGAUCAGGAAUUUAUUUAUUUUUUGCAGAGCUUGACGGAACCCAUCACGAAGGCCACGGGCAAUGGGACAGAAUCUGGCGAACUCAAAACCGAGCCGGUCACGAUUACCCCCCUUGUCCAGUAUAUCAAGGAGAAGAAAGCCAACAAAGCCAAAGAAGCCGCACAAGCCAAGGCCGCUAAGAGCGCCAGCAAGGAGGCGAAGCCCACUAAGAAUGAGCGCACGCCAACUGUGAUCAUCAAAGGCAAGGCGACUCCUGCUGCAACAGAGAAGGAGAAGGACAAGGAGAAAGAAAAGGAGAGAGUGGCGAAAGCUACCCAAGAUGCCAUCAAGGCCGUGCAGAAGUCCGUGGCCGCUGUGCAAGGAAAACAAAGCUCCGUGCCGGCCAAAAGCGAAAGGGAACACCCAGCAACAAUAGAGACAACACCGACAGCUCAAUCUCAGCCUACAGAGUCGGCCAAGCAAGACCGCAAUAGAGCGCCUCGAGAUAACGCCCGAGGCGCCGCGCGGAUGCUGCAGCGAGAUCUGGGCCUGCUCGCAAAAGGAAACACUUCUCCCAGGACGCCGAAGGCGACUGCCUCAGCAUCUGCAUCGAGCCCUGCAACACAACCUCCUUCAACACUUGCAAAACCCACAGCAGCAGCUAACUCUGCAGAGUCAGCACCAAGCCAGCAGACUUCGUCAGGGCCAGCAACUCCCACCACGCCCGUGGCGCCACCCAGUGGGCCGCGAGCGUCAAGAGCCUCGCGGACACCUAGCGCCGCCACAUCCUCAUCAGCAAACCAAGCUCCCAUCACCCCAUCCCAAGCAGCCACAACCCAGCCACAACCCCAUCCCAAUCGAGUGAAACCACAACCGUCUCCUCCUCAACCCUCUGCUGGCGCCAAAUCCGCCUUCCUCAAACAUGCCAAUCCCUCCCAGGGUAUAACCGAGGAUUUACUCAAAGAAGCAUUCAAAUCCUUCGGCACCAUUACACGCUGCGAAAUUGAUAAAAAGAAAGGAUUAGGCUAUGUUGACUUUGCGGAGCAUGAGGGGCUGAAGAAAGCAAUGGCAGCCAGUCCGGUCAAGGUCGCGAACGGGCAAGUCGUAGUGUUGGAGAACAAGAGUCCGCAUGGGAAGAGAGGCGGCCAAACUGCCGUAACUCAGAAAAGUUCUCCUACUCCAGCACCUGCUGCAGGUUCUGCUGUCACAAAAGCAAUUGCUGGUCCUGGUUCCCCGGCUGUAAACUCUCCAAAGCCUGCGGUUCCAACUCCGGCACCAACCGCAACUACACAAGCUCAAAUCACUGGGACGCCAGCUGCUCCUGCAGCACCGGGAUCGACAUCGGCCUCAACCCCUGUAGCAACAGCUCCACCUACAGCGCCGCGGGGAGCGAAUAGAGGUGGGCGCGGUGGCGGUGCCAGGGGUAAUGCUCGUGGCGGGGCAGCCACUCAAGGCCAAGGCCAAGGUCAAGGUCAAAAUCAAGGUCAAGGCCCAAGCAGCAGACAAGGACACCGUGGCGGAAGGGGCAAUUUCAGAGGCGGCGGACGAGGUGGUGGCCCGGCAGCGACAAACGCCUCUCCGGCUACUGGAGGUGAAAGUGCUGCUGGAAGUGGAAGUGCAAAUACACCUGGAGCGACCGCAGCGCCUGCAGCGGCAAAGGAAGAAGCGAAGGAAGCUUGA